GUAACAUGGGCAACAACGAAUCAUCCAAGUUAUCUGUGACCGCAAUCCCUGAUUCCUAUAUUGCAAUCUCAAUAUGUUUCAACUCAAAGAUAAGAGUCAUGAAUGUGACUCCGGAGGUGAGAGAAAUGCUUGUUAUACUUGAUCAGGAAAUAGAGGCUAAAUAUGGAUCCACUCGAGGACGUCUCAUAGAUUACUAUGGUACUGUAAAGAUGCAUGUUGGGGAUAAGUUUACUUUUGUUCCUCGGAAGGGUAAAAAAAGAGCUACUCUCGGAAAGUUUUUUGCCAUACGUGUCCUAGAGGAAAUGUACAAUCUAUGCUAUAACCUGAUUACAAGUAGUGAUUUAGCAAUGUAUUCUGACAAAUCUACUUGGUUCUUUGCAAAGGAGGCAAUAUCUGAUGAAAACAGAGGUAAAUCUAGAGUUUGCUGUAUUGCUCCUGGUGGUGGACUGCGAGGCAACAAACUUGUCCUUCUGCAUCAUGAUGAGCAUAUAAAACAAGCUGUUAUGCUAGCUCUUGAAGAUGCUUGGGCCAAAGGUGUAUCAGGAACUAAGGACGUUCAGUCUUCAGGCGAAAUCCUGCAUGAGAUUACUUUGAAAGGCACCUGGGGUUCGACUAAUGAGGACGGAAUAAAUACUCGUAAAGCAGUUUGCAGUAUAGUGGGAAGGAUGGGUGAGGUAAACUGGAGACUUAUCACUUCAACUAAUCUGAAAGACACUGCAGACUGCUUCUUCUUCAUAUACGAUCCAACUUUUACUGCUCAUCCAAAUGAUUUCUGUAUGCUGUCCCUGGCUAAAACGGACAGGUUGAGGUUAAUUAACUGCAACCACCUUCUUGAGCCUUUGGAGACGGCUAUUACUGCUGCUGGUCUUUCUAUCCAAGAAAAGCUGGAUUAUUACGGUAGCCAUGAGAUAAAAAUACAUGGAACUCCUUGGUGUUCCUCCGAUAGUGAAGCCAUUGUUGCACGAAGAAGUAUUUCAAGGAUUAUGGAAGUUUUUGGGAAAGGUGGAUACACUCCUCUAUACGCAAUUGACAUGUACCGUAGCUUGAUUGACAAAGCCUCUAUUCUCUUUCGGAAAGAUCCAUUCCCAAUGAACUGUAAAUAUGCUUGCUUGUCAUUGACCUACUUGAAUACGCUUCGGUUACUUGAUUUCCCCAUCGAUGUUGGUGUCCCAUUGAGGGAUUGUAUCUACCAGUUCUAUCCGUUUGGUGUUCAAAAGGAGGUAAAUUUACCAGACUCGAACCUAGAAAUAAACGUUGAGGGAAAGCCCUGGAUUACUAAUACUUUUUCCAAGGGUGCUAACUGCUUUCACAUGAGAGCUGUAUUGGGCAAAAUGAUGGCGGUUGCGGCCCAACAUGGCUGGAACACUUGA